AUGCCUGCGAAGCGGAAGUCGGAGAAGAAGGAAGAGCAGGUCUUUGUGGAGGAGGAGGGCCGCUACGUGCACGAGGAGCAAUCAGCGCGAUAUGUUGGCGGUUUACGGCGGUUGACGGAAAGCACAUUUCGCUGUCGCCACGGCCGCGGCGUGUUUAUGAGCCCCACGAUUCGCUACGACGGCGACUGGCAUGAAGAUGAGAUGCAUGGAAACGGUGAACUGCGAUUUCUCACAACAGGUGAUUUGUACCGCGGCCAGUUUUCCCAUGGGGUUUUUGAGGGGACUGGCACGUACACGUGGGCGUCAGGGGCGUCGUAUGAGGGCGCAUGGCGUGCCAACCGCAUGCACGGACUCGGCACGUACACAGAUGUGAAUGGCAAGGUGUGGAAUGGCAAGUUUUAUAACGGCACUGGCCCUGGACUUACACCCUUCGCGGGUGGCAUAUGUAAAGAAAAGGCAGCAGUAAAAAAAGAAGUAGAAGAGGCGGUUGCAUUGAAAACCGCCGGUGUGUUAUAA